AUGAGCCAGAACCGGCCAUCGGCCUUUUCGUCACUGAGAAUGGGAGAAAUCAUCCGCGAGAAGGUGCAGGACGGCGUGACGGGCGACUACAAAGACCUCGCAUACACGCAGUGCAAAAUCGUCGGCAAUGGCUCCUUCGGUGUCGUUUUCCAAACCAAGCUGUCUCCCAGCGGAGAGGAUGCUGCCAUCAAGCGUGUGCUGCAGGACAAGCGCUUCAAGAAUCGUGAACUUCAGAUCAUGCGCAUCGUGCGCCACCCCAACAUAGUCGAGCUCAAGGCCUUCUUCUACAACAAUGGCGACCGCCCACAGAAGGACGAGGUCUACCUCAACCUUGUGCUCGAGUAUGUGCCAGAGACCGUGUACCGCGCAUCACGCUACUUCAACAAGAUGAAGACGGUUAUGCCGAUUCUCGAGACCAAGCUGUACACGUACCAGCUGUUCCGCUCGCUUGCCUACAUCCACUCGCAGGGCAUUUGCCACAGGGAUAUCAAGCCGCAGAAUCUGUUGCUGGAUCCCUCAACAGGCGUGUUGAAGCUCUGCGAUUUCGGCAGUGCCAAAAUUCUCGUGGAGAAUGAGCCCAACGUGUCGUACAUCUGCUCGAGGUACUACCGUGCACCCGAGCUCAUCUUCGGAGCCACCAAUUACACCACCAAGAUCGAUGUGUGGUCAACCGGUUGCGUGAUGGCUGAGCUCAUGCUUGGGCAACCGCUGUUCCCCGGCGAAUCGGGCAUUGACCAAUUGGUUGAAAUCAUCAAAGUUCUUGGCACACCCACGCGCGACCAGAUCCGCACCAUGAACCCGAACUACAUGGAGCACAAGUUUCCCCAGAUUAAGCCUCAUCCAUUCAACAAGGUGUUCCGGAAAGCUGACCCCAGUGCAAUCGACCUCAUCUCCAAAUUGCUCGAGUAUACGCCCACCCAGCGCCUGUCAGCAGUCGAUGCAAUGGUGCAGCCCUUCUUCGAUGAGCUGAGGGACCCGCAGACUCGGCUCCCAGAUUCUCGUCACCCCAACGGCGCCACAAGGGAUCUGCCUGAGCUGUUCAACUUUACUCUUCACGAACUGUCCAUUGCACCCCACCUGAACCAGCAGCUUGUACCCGCGCACAUCAAGCCCCGUCUCCAACAGCAAGGCCUGGAUUUCGAAUCGCCGAACUUCAAGCCUUUGACGAAGGACCAGAUGAUGGCGCGGCUGGAUUAA